CCUCUCCCCCCCCUCCCCCUAUAAAUAAAUCCCCAAAAUUAAAUCCCUCCAAAACCCAAAAUCAAAAACCAAACAGAUUUCAAUCAAAAUUCCAAAACAAAAAACAAAAAACAAAAAACAAAAAAAAACGAACCGUUCGAUCACGAAAAAUGUCAGGCGUUUGGGUUUUCCGAUCCAACGGUGUGAUGCGCCUCGUCGAAAACUCUCAAGCCGGCGACGACUACUCCUCCGACGGCCACCACCACCAGCACCACGUCAACGGCGGCGGAAGAAAGAAGAUUCUAGUUCAUCUUCCUUCAGGACAAACGGUUUCUUCGUACGGAUUCCUCCAAAAGAUUCUAGAAGGUUUAGGAUGGGAACGGUAUUACGAAGGCGAUCCAGAUUUCUUCCAAUUUCACAAACGUUCUUCUAUUGAUCUCAUUUCUCUUCCAAUGGAUUUCUCCAAAUUCAACUCCAUUUACAUGUACGAUCUCGUCAUUAAAAACCCUAACGUCUUUCACGUUCGAGAACCCUAAUUUUUAUCAAUUUUAUUAUUUCUUUUU